AUCCGAAUCUACAGCAUGAGGUUCUGCCCCUACUCACACAGGGCACGCCUGGUGCUCAAGGCCAAAGGCAUCAGGCAUGAAGUUGUCAACAUUAACCUGAAGAACAAGCCUGAGUGGUACUAUACAAAACAUCCUUUUGGCCAGAUACCUGUCUUGGAGAACAGCCAAUGUCAGCUUAUCUAUGAAUCUGUCAUUGCUUGUGAGUACCUGGAUGAUGUCUACCCAGGAAGGAAGCUGUUUCCAUACGACCCGUAUGAACGAGCUCGCCAGAAGAUGUUGCUGGAACUAUUCUGUAAGGUCCCACAUUUAACCAAGGAAUGCCUGGUAUCAACGAGAUGCGGGAGAGAGUGUUCGGAUCUGAAGGUCAUCCUGCGUCAGGAGUUCUGCAACCUGGAAGAGAUUCUUGAGUAUCAGAACACCCCCUUCUUUGGUGGAGAUUGUAUAUCCAUGAUUGACUACCUUUUCUGGCCCUGGUUUGAGCGGCUGGAUGUAUAUGGACUAGCAGACUGUGUGAGCCACACCCCGAUGCUGCGGCUCUGGAUCGCCACCAUGAAGCAGGACCCCGCAGUCAGUGCUCUGCUCAUUGAUAAGAACACUUUCCUGGGCUUCUUGAAUCUUUAUUUUCAAAACAACCCUACUGCCUUUGAUUUUGGGCUGACGCCCCCAGCCAUACGGUAAUCACCUAGGCAAUGGCCUAGGAGUCUCAGCUAUUCUGAUUCUGCAUCACAGGUUGUCUUGGUGGUGGGGGGGG